CAAUGCCUGGGGAGGCCAUUAACCAAAUUACUGAUGAGUAUAAUACUGGAGCCAGCAUGAGGACAUUUUAAGAAGAAAAGAUAAAAUAGUGAUGUGUACUCAUUGAGUGGUCAAAACAAGAACCACAGCAGGCACUCUCCUCCUCAGCCCUGCUCUGCUCUCUUUUCUAUCACCUUUGGGUCUCGCUCUCAUCUAAAACAGAUAAGAAAAUACCUCUACUCUCAUCAUGGUGGCUGCUGCUGCAACCAUAGCUCUAACUCUGAUAAGCUCGUUUUUUGCUCCUCACCUCAAUCAGCUCGUCAAGGAGGUCUUCGAUAAACUCACUGAAAAUACCAAGGAUAAGUUGACAAAACUGCAGACCGUGAUGCUUCCAAGACUUGAACUAAUGAUACAGACUGAGCAGAUGACCGAUAAUGAUAACGAUAGACUGUCCCAGUUGCUGAAGGAAUUCGUGGAUGUGGCAUAUGAAAUUGAAGACGUUGUAGACAAAGAUGAAUAUAAAGAUCUGAAGAAACAAUCAAAAGGGAAAGUGUGGAAAUGGGUGAGCUCAGUUAACCCCCGCUUAUUUUCUAAGUGGAAGAUGAGCAAUACUCUGACGAAACUAGAGGAAAAAGUUUCUAGCAUAUAUGAUUUCUAUCAAAGGCUUCCUCAACGUGCUCCAAAUGGCAGGGAUGCUACUUCCAUCACCAACUUGUCCGACACACAACUACAACCUGCUGAAGGAUUUUUGGGGAGAGACACUGACAUUGAAAGCAUAGUCAGGAAUCUAAUCGGAACUGCAAUGCCAAACAAUUUGAAAGUUGUUGUCAUCGUCGGUGUUGGAGGAGUUGGCAAAACCGAGCUUGCCAAGUCCAUAUAUAACCUCAUCAAUGUUAGGCAUAAAAAGUGGCUUUCCUUCUCACGAGGAAAGUUUGAUGAAGUUGAGAUGACCAGAUGCAUGGCGGGCUUGGGUGAGGAUGGUGGCCUUAUCAGUAAAGCCUUGGAAGUGGCUGGAAACAUGCUCAGGACAAAUGUAUUUAGGAAGAAGUUUUUGCUUGUAUUGGAUGGUAUUUGGUAUGAUGAGGAGCUGGGCCUCUUUGAAAACCGGGAGAGAUGGAGUAGACUCUGUGCUCCUCUGCAAAAGUGUGCUCGUGGUAGCAUGAUUUUGAUCACAACCCGCAUGCAAAUAGUGGCGAAAUCAUUCAGUCGCGUCAGUGGAGAGCUGACAUGUCACUUACUUGAGGGUUUGGAACAUCAACACUGCUUGGCUAUCUUCAACAAGCAGGCAUUUGGUGAUGCUGGUCCAGAUCAAAGAGCUUUAAAUGCAAAUCUACCAAUGAUUGCGAGUGAGAUAAUAACUAAAAUAAUCAAUAAUCUAGAAGGCAUACCUUUAGCAGCAACAGAAGCCGGAGAAAAGUUGAGAAAUAAGUAUUGUCUAGAAGUCUGGAAUGGAAUCAAGAGUAACAUCAUUCAAGAAGAUACCGAGAAAUCGUUGAUGUGGAGCUACAAAAUGCUACCCUGUCACCUUCAACAAUGCAUUCGACACUUUACUUUAUACCCACAAGGUUUUAAGUUUAAUCAUAAUUUCUUGGUUUUGUCAUGGAUUGCAGCUGGAGUUAUUACUCACCAACAAAGAAGCCAAAACGAUCUGGAGCGCUUGGGACGUAAAUUCUUUGAUGCCUUGGUGGAUAGAUCUUUCUUGCAAGAAAAGGAAGAUGGAUUGUUCGUCCUGCAUCGUGCAUUGCAUGCUUUCUUAGACAUUAUAACUAAGGGAGAAUGCAUCAGAAUCGCAGGCAAUGAAAGGCAAGAGAUUCCAUCAACCAUAAAACACCUUAGCAUCGAGGUGAACAGCCUGGACCGAUAUGAGAAUGAAAUCUCCAAAUUGGAUAAGCUUCGCACUCUAUUCCUCAAUUGCAACAAUGCAAACUCAUGUUCUGUUCAAGGUGGUUAUCAUGCUGUUCUUGAGCGCAUAUUAAAGAAUAUGAAGAGGCUACGAGUAUUGCGUAUAGCUUGUUGCAGCAUAAAUAAGCUACCUGAUUCAGUUGGUAGGUCAAAACACUUACGUUUCCUGGACCUCUCCAACUCUUCUUUCAAUCAGCUUCCAGAAUCCGUAUGCCGUAUCUAUCUCUUGUGGUAUUUGAAUUUGAGUAACUGCAAUCUGAAUACUGUUCCUAAAUAUCUCAAGAAGCUGAUCAAACUGCAGUAUCUAGUGUUCAAUGGUCCAACCCGCUCUUUGAUUCCUCAUAUCGAUAGACUCACCUUACUUCGAGAACUGAAGGAGUUUCAUGUGAAGAACGAGAGAGGACAGCUUAAUGGCAUGGACAAUCUUCUAGGCACACUUCGUAUCAUAAAUCUGGAGGCUGUGGGCGAUGCCACUGAUGCUGAUGAAGCAAUGUUGAAUAGAGAAACUCCGCUCAAAGAAUUUGUUUCUGAAUGGUCUAUGCCUGAAACGGCUGAUGCCAUUCUUUUGCCUGAGCAAGUACUUGACAUACUGCAACCUCAUGAUGACAUUACUAGCCUGACAGUCAGAGGUUAUACUGGUAACAGACCUCCUGAUUGGAUGAUAAACCAAAACUCCAAACUGGAAGCCCUUCAUCUUGACAACUGCCCCAAUUGGGGUACUCUUCCAGCACUUGGGAACAUUUAUACUUAUCUCAAGAAACUGGUGUUGUCUGGCUGCUGUAUAGAUGACGCCACUCUGGCCUUAUGUCUCAACAACCUCACCUCCCUAUCUUGCUUGAAGUUAUCAACAUGCUCACACAUAACAUCCCUCCCCUCCGUGGAGGUCUUUGGCACGCUUGUAAAGCUUAAGGUGCUCCAAGUCAUGGAUUGCCAGUUGCUCACUUCACUAGGUGGUAUACUGGCACUCCCAUUUCUUCAGGAAUUCAAUAUCAGCUUGUGCCCGGCCUUGCUGGCUGUGAUCCAACCUAAUGAUAGAGGCAUCAACCUGCAGGGUCAUGCUGUAGGUGCUGUUGCUGUCUUGCCUAAGUCUCUUCUUGAUCUUAAAAUCACAGAUUGUGGGAUUUCUGACAAUUAUCUCAGCAGCUGUUUGAUGGGUCUCAAUAAACUCAUCAGCCUUGAACUGCACCAGUGUGCUAGUGUCACCACACUACCUUUAGAGGAGGUGAUGAGGCACUUGACAUCACUUGAAUGUGUGAAUAUUCAUAGCUGUGUUAAUCUGCAGUCUGUUGGAGGUUUACAGGUCCUAGCACCAACUGAUGGCUCUGGGCCUCUUCGGAGGCUUUCAAUCCAGAAUUACGGCAGACUUCAACGACCUUUGCAUGAUAAUCUCGAACGUCUCAUGCAAGCAAAUUAGCCCACUUGCUUGGUCUGUCUUGUAUGCAAAGAGCUUUGUUUUGUGGUUUCUUUAUUUCAUGUUUGGUGUGUUCUGUCUGCUGCUCCAUGAACUUAUGUUUUGUGGUUUCUUUAUUUCAUGUUUGGUGUGUUCUGUCUGCUGCUCCAUGAACUUCCAUUGCUUCUGAUUGAUCUCGAAUGUACUGAACUUUGGUUAGUGUGUUUCUUUAUUUCAUGUUGGUAUGUCUUGUGUGCUCUAUAAUCUUUCAAUUGCGAUCAAUUUGAUUUA